GUUGAAUGCCAUAGAUCGCUCAGUCGAAUUUAUGCGCGCGCGCAACUCGUACUAAUCGUACCGAUAAACGUGUUAGUGGAAUUGUGUGAUUUUUUUUCCGAAAUUUUAUGACUCUGGAAGUGUUUUUUUAUGUGAUUGUUUUUAAACGAGCCUGAAAGAUGGUUGUAGGCACCCUACAACAGGUCCCCAGUAAGGGGCGAAUAUCGAUUAUGAAAAUACAAAACUUUACAGUUCAAAAACGACAUUCUGUCAUCAGAUUAUCGUAUGGCCUUUUGCUGGCGAUAAUAGGAACCAUAAUGGCUGCUAUAAAUCCUUUAGACAUCGUUACUACAUGGUACAUGGACAUACGGGAAGGUUCGUUCCUGUACAACAUGUGGGCGAACCCCACGUACGAGAUGUUCUCCGAGAUGUUUGUGUUCAACUACACCAACGCGCAGGAGUACCUCAAUGGGGCUGAUAAGGUGCUGAGGGUUAACGAAGUCGGACCUUUCACUUUUCAAGAAAUGCGAACGAACGAGAACAUACGGAUAGACAAGGAGAAAGGAGUGAUGACUAUGAACCCGCGGCUGAAGCUGAAGUUCCUGCUGGACAAGUCUGUCGCCGACACUCAUAAUGUCACCGUGAAGAUACCGAACAUCGCUCUUGUUGCCAUGAGCACAUUAGCAGCAGACAAGCUGGGCUACUUCGCGAACGCUGGAGCCUAUUACUCCAUGUCAGCUCUUGGCUCCAAGCUGUUCAAGGACCUGUCUGUUGAGGAGAUGUUCUGGGGUUACCAUGACCCCAUUGUUACCAUUGCCAACUCUUUGCUACCUGGCUGGAUUGAUUUCGCGAAGAUUGGGCUUCUGGAUCGGUUCUACUCACAAAAAAACGAGUCAUCCGAGGUUGAACUGGCGAAUGUGACCAGGCGGUACUCCUUAAACUCCUGGGACAAUAGCAGUGGUCUUCUGGAGCAAGGGUUCACGGACUUGGAAACUAGCACACCAUGUAACAGAAUCAAAGGGUCAUUCGAAGGUCUGAUGCUGCCAGCCAACUACCCCAAGGGGAAGAACAUCACCAUCUUCAGGAAGCAAGCCUGCAGGAACUACCCGUUCUCUUUUGUCAAAGAAAGCAAGAGUGAGAAUACUGGACUGAACUCUUUUUUAUACACAAUGGACCCAACAGCUUUCAGCAGCACCUCUCCCUUUGCCUGCAACUGCAGCGACAGCUGUCCUCCUGAAGGAUUCGUAGAUGUCAGCAAUUGUUACUAUGGUUUCCCAAUAUCUCUAUCGAAACCUCACAUGAUGGAUACAGAUCCUCUGCAGCAAUCGUACUUUGAAGGAAUGAAUCCGGACAUCAAGAAGCAUGGAUCACACUUUGAAUUGGAACCGACUAUCGGAGCACCGCUGAGCUUCUCCAUCAAGAUUCAGAUCAACCUGGCAGUGAGGAUGAACGAGGGCAACCCGAUCACAGCUCCAUUCAAGGACAAGGUGCUGCCUAUCAUGUGGUUCGCUCUGUCCUGCAAGCAACCACCAUCAGACGUGAUCACCCUACUCCGCCUCCGCCUGCUCUACGCACCACCCUUAAUGAUCACACUGGAAGUCAUCAUGAUCAUCGCAGGCCUAGUCCUAGCUGGCCAGGGUCUUCACAGGAUCUGGAAACCCAAGUACAAGAUCAUCCCACCAAAGGAUAUCCCUGUUCCUAUUGUGAGGAGAAAGAGUUCGGAAAGGAGAAGAAGUAGUGUCAUUUUAAAUAUGGCUGAGAAUGUAGGAUUUACUUUUAAGGAUGAUGAGGACCUGGCCAAAGAGGCUGUGUCCCUCUUAGCUAUUAAUGAGGAAGAUAGUGAAUUCGUAGAUUUACUGGUCAGUUCUGACAAUGAGUGAGAUUGUUCAUAUUUGCUCAAUUUUGUUUUUUUACGGUGGAAAUGAUUUCGUUGUAGUUUUCAAGCGCUUCUUGCCUUUAUACUAAAGGUAGGUGAUAAUAUUAAGUUUAUUUUUUUACAAGAUGUGAGUUCCGAAAUUGUGUAGGAUAGGAUGUAAGUGUGUUUUUUAUUAGUAAUUUAUCUUGCAAGCUUGUGUGCUGAAGUCAGUUCAGUUCAGAAAACUAAUUCAAAAUUAGUGUGUUAUCCAGUCGCCUUGUGCUUAGAGAAACAUACGGGUGAUAUCGUAGACAGCAAUCAACUUAUAUUUACUUUAAAUGUAUCGAGAUGACUACCGUACGUAAUUCGUUUACGACGUUUUAAGAGCUAUUUUUGAUAAUGACUGGGCAAAGUUGCUUCUGCCAGCUGCUUCGUCCGCAUUUCUGUGUGAUAAAAAAGUAUCCAAUCACCCAAAUGAUACCCUGUCUGUAUACCAAAUUUCAUCAAAAUCCGUUCAGUAGUUUCAGUGUGAUUAACGGACAAACAUCCAAACAAACAAAUUUUCACAUCUAUAAUAUUAGUGUGAUAUCAUAUUGAUUAAAAGGUGCUGCCAUGCUGCAAUAAAUAAAGACAGUGUAACAAUCUGUUGCUAGGUUACGUAAUUAGCUAAUUAUUAAUAAAUAAAUGAAAUUGCUCAAUAGUAAUUAGGUAGGAGUUAGAAAGGUGUGAGGUUAUCUUAUUCGAUACGACUGCGAGACGUAUAUUAUGUCUACGAGUGUCUAGCAGACGUAUCUGUUGUCUGUUUGUAUAGACUAGCCCUAUUUGUAUACACUAGGUACGUAAUCUUAAUUAAUUUACAUUCCUGACUCUUGACAUCGAAGGAAAGAUGUAAUAAGUUUAACUGUCGUACUCAGAGUCAUUUAAUGGUUACUUAACCUA